GCCUUGACAGCUGCACAUUCAGGAGAUAUGGUGCCAAGACCGAAAGGUCAAAGACGGAAAGGAGCUCGUCCUCGAGACGGCAAAGCUCAAAAUGCGCGACUGCCACAGGAGUGCAAGUCGGCAGCGCUGGACAUUCUGAGGCAGUCGGCCGUGGAUGCGAGCGUGUGGAGGCAAAUCCUGGCUUCGCCUUCGGUGGCACAGUUCGCUCGCAGGUCUCUGACCGGGAAGGCCUCCCGGGAUCCCACCUUUGCACGCGAGCUCCUUUUGGCGGUGCUCACAGGGCAUCCACCUGCGGACGUUCAGACACAGGACCAAGCGGUCUCUCCUGCAGGGACUGCACUGACUGCAGAUCACCCGACACGUCGAAGGCGCCUGUGCUUCAAGCAGGGCGAGGCGAGGCGCGGCGAAAUGCGCCUGGCUGACACGGGAACCUGCAAGGGCGAGCACUUCAGAAUCGUUGCUAGUCCCCUGGUGGAGAUGGAAGAUGCAGAGUACUCCUCGUCCUCAUCUUGGCGACCAGCCCGGAGGCGCCUUCUGUUUAAGCAAAACCCCGUUAUCUUCUCUCCGAGCUGCGCUUUUGGCCCGCUGAACAUGGACUUGGCUGCACUUGUAUUCAGCUUCGUAGAGGUUCCAACCAAGGUAACUGCCGCCUGCGGCGUUUCAUGCGGGCUUCGGGAGGUCUUUCAGCGCCGCAGUGCUUGGGACCCACUCAAGCUUGACAAAGAUACCGGUCGCAAGUUGCUACGGAAGCUCAAAGUGAAGGACCCACUAGGCUAUUUCUUGGAGGAGGGUCACCGGACCAAGCGUUACUUUCCAAGCGGUUUCUUCGAUGUCCAACAUGUAGAGAUUGUGCUUAUGGACCCAGAGCGAGUUGAGCAUGUGCAAAGUGACACGGAGGAGGGUCUGGGCUUGAAACAGUUCUUCGUACCGUUGUCGUUCUUUCCGUCCUUACGUGCCUCCUCUCGCUCUCUCUCCUUCUCGCUUGCUUGA